AUGAAAAAGGCGUGUAGAAUUGUAUUAAACUUGUAUUUAUUUAUCGGAUGCAUUUUGAGCUGCUCGGCUUCUGAUACGCCUAAAGUGCAUGUCAACUCUGGAGAAAUUUCAGGUGGAUAUCAAUAUACAUAUAAUGGUCGUAAAAUUUACUCAUUCGUAGGCAUACCGUACGCAAGUCCACCAAUCCAAGACUAUCGAUUUAAAGAGCCACAACCCUUAAAGCCUUGGUUGGGCAUAUGGAACGCCACCAUUCCUGGAAAUGCCUGUUUAGGACCUGAUUAUAAAUCUAAUUUUAAAAUUAUUGGUCAAGAAGAUUGUUUAUAUCUCAACGUUUAUACGCCAAAGCUUCCACAAAAGGGUGAGCCGGGAGAUUUAAUGAAUGUAGUGGUGUACAUACAUGGUGGCGCCUUCAUUGGAGGCGAAGGCAUUACCUACGGUCCACGAUACCUUUUGGACAUCAACGAUUUCGUUUAUGUAUCUAUCAAUUAUCGUUUGGGCGUAUUAGGAUUUGCCUCCACUGGCGACAGUGUUUUGCCUGGAAAUAACGGAAUGAAAGACCAAGUAGCAGCAUUGAAAUGGAUACAACAAAACAUCUUUGCGUUCGGUGGUAACCCCAACAGUGUCACUAUCACCGGCAUGUCAGCUGGAGCAAGUUCUGUUCAUUACCAUAUGAUUUCACCUAUGUCUAAAGGCUUAUUUCAUCGAGCAAUUCUUCAAAGCGGGAGUGCUUUUUGUCAUUGGUCGUAUGCUGAAAACGUUGAUCAAAAAACAAAGUAUAUUGCAAGCUUGCUGGGAUGUCCAACAAAUAAUUCCGUGGAUAUUGUUGAAUGCCUUCGUUCUAGACCAGGAACGGAAAUUGCAAAAUCAUUUUUACACUUCAUGCCAUGGAAAUACAAUCCUUUUUCACCGUUUGGUCCAACCGUUGAAGUAGCAGGAGACGAAAAAUUCUUACCCGAUAUGCCAGAAAAACUCAUUCCAUAUGACAUUCCAGUGUUGAUGAGUGUUAACCAAGAUGAGGGUCUUAUUAUGGCAGUAUUCAUUGUCUACGAAAAUGGUCUUAAUGAACUAAACAAUAAUUGGAAUGAAUAUUUACCACAUCUCCUUGAUUAUAAUUAUACUAUUUCAAACGAGAAUCAAAGAACCAAAGUUGCCCAAGAUAUAAAAAAGUUUUAUUUUGGUGAUGAAACAAUAUCAAAAGAAACUAUAGGCAAUCUUGUGGAAAUGAUUUCAGAUAGAGUGUUUGGAUAUUCUGUGAGUAAAGCAGCUCAGCAUAUUGCUACAAAGAAUACAGCUCCUGUAUAUUUCUAUGAAUUUGGAUACAGUGGUAAUUAUUCGAUCUUGGCUAGUUUCAAUUCAAAAUCAUAUUCCCGAGGAUCAAACGUAACUCAUUCCGACGAUACCGUUUAUGUGUUGAACAUGAAUGAUUCCCCUGUUCAUGACAAUGAAGAGGACACAAAUAUGAUCAAAACUAUGGUUAACAUCUGGGCAACCUUUAUUAAAAAUGGAGCACCGGAUAUUGGAAAUUCUGAAAUUUGGUUACCCGUUUCUAAGAAUCCAGUAGAUCCUUUCAGGUUCAUUAAGAUUACUCAACAACAAACUUUUGAAGCCAGAACACAAUCGAACCAUCGAAAUUAUGCAUUUUGGAGUAGUUUACCACUAACAGAAUUUGAUGAUGUUAAUGUGCCGGAAGACAUAAAAACUGAAUUAUAA